AUGCCCGCAAAUCGUAUCAGGAUCGUCAAGGGCUCUUGCUGGCCUUGCAAGAAGCGACGCAUCAAAUGCGACCUCUCCAAGCCGGUCUGUCGCCGCUGUGCCUCUGUCGGCGCCACCUGCGACUACAACAGCCGCCUGAUAAGAUGGAGCACGCGUCCGAGCCCUCAUGUGCCUCCCGCGCACAGCAUCACCCGGAACGACGUGCAUUUGACCGUGUCUAUCGAGGUUUGCGAGCGGCGUGCUCUCGAUUACUUUCACUGUCGAGUCUGGCCCCUCCUCUCUACUUCAGAGGAGCCAUGCGCCCCUCCGACCCCAAUCGCCUUGGAAUCCCGAGUUGUGCUGCUUGCUGCUUGCGUGCUGUCCGACUCCCACAGGUUGUUGCAGGACGGCAAGCAUAGCCAUGACGUGGUUGGCAAGAAGCGGCUCGAGUGCCUCGCUGCCGUGAGGACCGAGAUAGAAGUCUGCUGUGCUAACGCACAGGGCAAUGAGCCUUUGAUUGGACUCCUCUACGCAGUCAUUCUGUUGUAUUUUGACGACGGGUACAUGGGAUGCAUCGUUAGGUCGGCCUCGACCUCGAGCCACUACAGCGGUAUUCUGGCCAUCCUGGGACGCUUGGGUGGUAUCGAAGCCGUGGUGCAGAUGGCCCCCGAGCCGCUGCAUAUGUUGCUGUCCGAAUUUGCCACGACGGACCUCACGACAUCCAUGAUCCAAGGAAAGCCUCCGUUCUUCUCCCCGGAAGUAUGGGAUUUGCUUGAUCAAGGGCCGGUGUGGUGGGGUCGUGACCCCUUGGAAAGAUACUCGCUUGCGUCUGUCUUUCGCGAGAUCGCCAACAUGGGCCUCUAUUUACAGGCGACGGCUGACAUGAUCGAGGAGUUUUCCAUGGAGCGUGUUCGUCAGUUCGAGGCUGCACUCCGUCCCGUGUAUGCGCCUCGGACUCUCGAAGACUCCAGCGGCCGGAGCCCUUCCGAGGCAUCCGAAUCCUCCUCCGCCACGGAGGCCGAGGCUGUACAUGCCUUCACUCUCAUCCGCAUAUUCCAACACACCGCCUUGCUGUAUCUAUACAGGGCGAUCUGUGGCCUCCCGACCCGUCACCCGCUGGUCCAGCAGCAUGUCAACUCGUGCCUCGCGUGCAUCUUUGAGAUACCACGGCAGGCGAAGGUCCUCAACUGCAUCAUCUUCCCGCUAUUCGUCGCCGGAGCCCAUUCCACGUCGCCACAAGAGCAGGAAGAAGUUCUUGAAAUGACCGAUGUGGUAUACGAUGGCAUGCGGUUCGCGUCUAUUGAGGCCGUUAAGUCUGUCUUCAAAGCGGUGUGGUCGUCCAAUUCUGGGGACAUGUCUUGGCUGGAGAUGUUUAGACAUCUUAGUCCCCACGCCUUGGUGCUAUGA